UAUACUUAAUAAAAUGGAACUUCUUCAGGGUCUACUAACUUUUGGAAUAGCUCUUUCAGAACAAAGUUAUAAAAAUCCUCAACGUGAAGAGAUUACGGAAAUCUAUUUUGUAUUAGUAGAAAAAGUAAUGGGGAUAAAAGCUUCAGACUUUAGCCAACUCGAAUUUUCAGCUUUAGAAAGUUUUGAGUUUCCAAGUUUACAUGAAGAAUCCGUUCCUAAACUAACGCUGAUUAAAGCUUUAUUUUACUUAAUGAAUAUCUGCGGUGUGCAGGACUUCAUUCUAAAGGAUCUGACUCAUCCCGAAUUCCAGCGUACUAGGCGGAAUUUAAGCGCCCUUAUCAAUUUUAAAAAGUUUAGAGCUACACAACUAAUAAAGUUCCAGAACUUACAAGAUGAAACCGAUGUAAAUGAAAACACUGUUCGAGAAGCGAAAUCCAAGUUGUAUGCUAUACAAGAGCACUUAAAUUCCCAACUCCUUCAACGGGAAUUAGCAGAGAAACAAGCUGACGAAGUUCAAGUAGAAGUCGAAGGUUACAAUAAAGAAAACAACGUUCUCAAGGAACAGCAAGUACUUUUACAAAAGGAAAUUCUCGCUAAAGAGAAUCUACUUGGGAACUGCGCAGAUAACCUGGCUAAUCUUCAGUUCCAAAUUCUUGAAGCAAAAAACUCGAUUGCUGACUUGCAAAAGAAAGUUGUGAAAUCUCCUCGACGUGUUUACAAGGAAAUUCAGGAUUUAAAAAAGUCUUUGCUUCAAGAGAAAUCUGAAAUUGAUGAACUUGAGAAGCAUGGGAGGGAAUUUUUAGUUAAACAAGAAAAUCUUGGUAGUUUUCAGCAGGAUUUGGUAAAAACUCUCAAAGCAUUGGACGAUCUCGAUACUACACUACGGCAAAGCGAUUCUCUUGCUGAGCGUAACGAGAACUUGCGAGAAAGAAUUGAGGUAUCUCAACAAGAGUUGAAGGCUUUAAGUACCUCCCAACAGCUCCUAAAUCGCCUUCAAAUUCAUCAAAAAGAAAAGAGAAGUUCUCUUCGCCAACAGCAUGAAGCAAAAUUACGUGAGCUGCAAGGAAAAGAGAGAUUUUUCAGAGAGGACAAAGUUGUCUUGGAAAAAAAGUUGCGACAGCGGGAGGAGUUGUUUAUUGCUCACCAAGAUAAGUUUCGAGAUAUCAAAGGUCAGCAAGAUGUAGAAAUGAAGCUUUUGAAUAAGGAGUUCGAAUUUUCCUUAAAUAAAAUUUCUAAUUACCUGCAAGAGAUGGACAGUGCUCUACGCUAAAAAACCGGGCCUUUUUUAUAGACACC